CAAUUUCGCAUUUGCAGCCUGACGUCAGGGCGGCUACAAUGCUCUUAAACUCAUCUGCUGUGUGAUCCCUCUAAAAAAUCGCCCCACCAGUCAGCGGCUUCUAACGUGCGAGGCUGCAUUCACUCCCUUUACUUUCGGCUGCUCUCUCCCUCUCCGCCUGCGCAAUGCAUUCAUGAGGAAAACCGUAAAGUGUUAAAUGUUUGAAAUCCAAAACCGCCGAAUUCACAUGCUGAAAAAGGACUCCGCUACUCGUGCGCGCGGCACUGCUGUGUCUGUGCAAUAGACUCUGCAAAGAAAAACUCCUCUCACACGCCUGCAAAGAAGGACGCUGAAAAGCUCAUUUUUCAGUUUUCAAGACAAAACGCUCAAAAAUCAAACUGGCUCACGUUCUUCACAACCAACCCAGUUUGACAGCUGCGCUUCACCCCGCUUGGAGGACUGUCAGCAGCAAGAGGAUGGCAUCAGAGCUGGCAAUGAGCAACUCCGACCUGCCCACCAGUCCCCUGGCCAUGGAAUAUGUUAAUGACUUCGAUCUGAUGAAGUUUGAAGUGAAAAAGGAGCCGGUGGAGCCCGAUCGCAACAUCAGCCAGUGCAGUCGCCUUAUCGCCGGGGGAUCCUUGUCUUCCACCCCGAUGAGCACGCCGUGCAGCUCGGUGCCCCCUUCCCCAAGCUUCUCGGCUCCCAGUCCGGGCUCGGGGAGCGAGCAAAAGACACACAUAGAGGAUUUCUACUGGAUGUCCGGUUACCAACAGCAGUUGAAUCCAGAGGCGCUGGGCUUCAGCCCCGAAGACGCAGUCGAGGCGCUGAUCAACAGCAGUCACCAGCUCCAGUCCUUCGAUGGCUAUGCCAGGGGCCAGCAGUUUGCUGGGGCAGCCGGAGCAGGAGGCACCAUGGCCGGGGAAGAGAUGGGGUCCGCCGCAGCGGUGGUGUCGGCAGUCAUCGCUGCGGCAGCCGCUCAGAACGGAGCGCAACACCACCACCACCACCAUCACCACCACAACGGCAGUCACCACCAGGCGCAGGGGAUCCAGUCCAACGGCACCUCGGGGACAAUUCACCCACACCUGCGCCUGGAUGACCGGUUUUCGGACGAUCAGCUGGUCUCCAUGUCAGUGCGGGAGCUCAACCGACAGCUACGGGGGGUCAGCAAGGAAGAAGUGAUCCGGUUGAAACAGAAGAGGAGGACCCUAAAGAACAGAGGCUACGCGCAGUCCUGCCGGUACAAGCGGGUCCAGCAGCGGCACGUCCUGGAGGGGGAGAAGACGCAACUCAUUCAGCAGGUCGACCACCUAAAGCAGGAGAUCUCCAGGCUGGUCCGGGAGAGGGACGCGUACAAAGAAAAGUAUGAGAAGCUCAUCAGCAACGGCUUCAGAGAAAAUGGAUCCAGCAGCGACAACAACCCUUCAUCCCCGGAGUUUUUCAUGUCGUCGAGAAAAUUCCUCCAUCUGUGAUUUCCAGCCCCAUCCCUCCGUGCCCCCGGCUCUCUGAGAUAAACCUUACGACUGAGCAGCGAUGACAUCAGAGCGGCCGACCAAUCGCACGAAGACACCUACAAAGCACAACAUUCAAAAAUGACUUCACUGAAGAACAAAAGACGAGACCCGCUGAAAUCCCCACCAAAAAUUCUCACAGUGAAAUUCUUGACAGCCUCUUGCUACUCCUGGUUCCCUCCCUGAUAUUUUACCUCCGGCUUUUUUCUACAAAACAUAAAAGAAGAAAAAAAAAAAGAGACAGACUCUUAAUCAUGAGAUGGUUGAAACGCCAGAUAAAUACACUGGAAGGACUAUUUUCUCUUUGGUGGGAAUAUCAGUGAUGCAUGCUUCUGUAAAUAGAUCAUAAUAAAUCCCUAUUCGUAUUCCUUAUAUAGGAAACAUAACAAGUUGCUCUCAGCUACUUCAUCAACGUUCAUGACUGUGCAUAGAUUACUCAUGGUUCAAUGUUUUCCAUAUAAAGUCAGUAUUAUUCUUACCUCCUCAGAGAACAUGUAAUUAUCAUUUCCAAUAUCAUUUCUCUACCCUUUGGAUUGUAAAAAGAUGUGCUUCCUAUUCUUCUUAUUCUCGUUACCAAACAGCCUAGUCUUCCUCUUUAAUAUCCGCAUUAGUACAUGUAAAUAGAGACGAAUGACGACAACAGCAUGGAACUGACUAUAGUGUAUAUUUACCACUUCCCCAGUAGAUCAAAAACCUCAAGAUGUGGAUACUUCAAACAACCUUUUAAAACGUUUUAAGAGCUGGUUUUCUCAUAGUUAAAGAAAUAUGUACCCAGGUGUCAGGACACUUUUUUUUCUGUGAAUCUAAAUAGAUGCAUAAAGGCAAGAGUUAUCGAUAUUAUUAUUUCAAUACCAUUCAAGAAUCUAGAGUCAGCAAUUACAUUGGUAUCAUUGAUCAGUUCCAUCAGGAAAUAGCUGUCAAACUGAAGAGGAAAAGCUAACCCAAGCAAUGAGUGUUAUAAAU